CGAUGGUCCAACUACGCGCUAGGACGAACGCUCGGCGACGACGACCAACGCCGAUGUUGACUGAGGACCUUCACCCGACCCGCGAAACCCGUCGUCGUGUUGCGACGAGGCAAUAGCCUGUGCAUAUAAAUACCUACACGUAGUAAAGACGGGCUCACGCGUUCCAUCAUGAUGAGCCUUCAGCCUCAUUUGCAGGUUCCCUUUGAGAAACCACCGCUCGACAUGCAGCCGUCGCUCAUUGCCGCGCACGUGGGCAUCGCCUCCGCCGCGCGAACCCUCCAGCCAUGGACGUAUUCACCGCUGCCGCUCGGGGCUAUCAAGCCUGGCGGAUGGCUCCUUGGCGAGAUGGAGGCCAUGGCUAGUGGCCUCGCCGGCCACGAACAUGACUUCUACGUCUUUGUCAACGAGUCGAGCUGGCUCAACGAGCCCGGAGCCGGUGGCUCCGAGUACAGCACCCUGAAUGAGGGCCUGCCGUACUGGUUCAAUGCGCUCGUGCCCAUGGCCUACACCCUCGACAACGACAGGCUCAAGGCGCAGGUCCACGAGGUCGCCUCGACCGUACUCGGCCAUCAGGCUCCUGAUGGCUGGAUCGGGCCAGAGGUCGGCGACAGGCGCAACUUUUGGGCGCGGACGCCAUUCUUCCUCGGGCUGACGCAGCUUGUCGAGGCAAAUGCGACGUGGGAGGAGCCGGUACUCAAGAGCCUCAGCCGCUUCAUGCCGCUCGCCAACAAGAUGCUGAAUAAUGACGGCCAAGGAUUCACCAAAUGCCUCGAGGACACGGACUGCACGUGGGGACAGGCGAGAGCGCACGACAUGAUGAUUACGAUGCAGUGGUUGCUAGAGCGCUAUCCAUCGAGUCAAGACGCGAUGCUCUGGGAAAACAUGGACCUGCUCUACGCGCAGAGCAACUUCAAAUGGGACAAGUGGUACACGGAAGGGACGUUCCUAAAAGUUGCCAACACACAUGAUCCCGCUCUCUGGCCGUAUAUCCACGGCGUCAACGUUGGGCAGGGUCUCAAGGCAUCUACCGUCAUGUACCGCAACACGGGCAGCCGUGAAAUGGUGAAGAAGAGUCACGACGCCGUGGACUGGACAUUCAAGUAUCACGGCUCUGCGUCGGGAACUGUCCUCGCCGACGAGGGAGAGCAUGGCCUAGCGCCGUACAUGGGCAGCGAGCUCUGCACGGCCGUCGAGACGACGUACUCGCUGGCUUACAUGUACCAAGUCCUCGGCAGCAACAGCUUUGCAGACCGCGCCGAGCGAACGAUCUUUAACGCCUUCCCAGUCAUGAUGACGGGCGACAAGUGGGCUCACCAGUACAUGGCACAACCUAACCAGCCGCACGCCAUCAACGUGACGGCAGCCGACGGCAACGUGCCUCCCGUGUUUACUUCGGCCAACGGUGGCCUGACGACAACAUUUGGCAUGGAGCCACAGUAUCCAUGCUGCACCGUCAACCACCCGCAGGGAUAUCCCAAAUUUGUGUCCAACAGCUGGGUUGCCGUGGGCAAAUCUGGGCUACUACAUGCCCUGCUCAGCCCAUCCACGGUCUCGACGCGGGUCAACGGUGGCUCGGUGAAGAUUACUUGCGACACGACAUAUCCCUUUGAAGAUGUGCUUCGAUACACAAUCACGGCAGAAAAGCCAUUCGACUUAUACCUUCGCGUGCCUGGCUGGGCGCAGGCCUCGCAAACGUCAGAGUCGUCGGCGAUUGACUCCACGGCGUCCACUCGCAGAAUCCGAAUCAAGGCUGGCAGGACGAAGCUUCAGCACAGGCUUGACGCACAGAUCCGCACGGAGGCCCGCGCAAACAACACAGUCGCCGUCUUCCACGGGAAUCUCUUGUACGCCCUAGAGCUUGGCACGACGCAGACGUCGUCCUACCCACACGCGUGGUGGAAUACCCAGGGCCCUGGGCUGGACUAUCUGCCAUUUCCGCAGCUGCGCGACUACUACAUCGACAGCACGACCCCGUGGAAUAUCGCCAUUGACCCGUCGACGCUGAAGUACCACGGCGCGAGUGGCAGGCUCAAGAACCCCAUUUUCGAGCAGGGAGCUCCCACCAACCACAUGACUGUCGAAGGCUGUGAAAUCGAAUGGCCCUUGUAUUUGGACGUCACGCCAGACUGGGCACCUAAAGAUCGUACGUGCAAGAGCCGGCGCAAAUCCUACAGGCUGAUUCCCUACGGAGCGGCCAAGGUACACAUGUCGGAUUUGCCUGUCAAGAAGUUUUGACGAUGAGCUUCCUUGAUGGCGCAAUGUCUUUUUGACAUGGAUUCGUGGACUGUUUUUGUGCUUUUAAGGUGCCUGCAGCGGAUACAACAUCAGUUGAACGGCCCUCAUUUGAUGCGUCCACCUGAACCGACCAAAUAUGUUGUCACUCCAUGUCGACAGGGGUGAAGGUCCAACAAAGGUAUGUACAGUGCUCAGUGACCACGUAAGGCAUCUGGCUAGCUCGAGAGCCAUUUUGGUAACUGGGGCCUUUGAUUUGUGCGUCUACGUAUCUAAUGCGAAAUUCCUG